AUAAAGAGAACCCAAGAAUCCCAAUUCAAGAAACCAAACCAACCCACAAGAACCAAAGUUAACCACAUGCAUGUACAAUAGUAUGCCUUGCCUAACAUAUGAAACUUCCCAACACUACCACUCUCUGUAACAAGGUCAUUAACAGCUUCAAUGGGGAUUGUAUCACCAACUCUAGCCACUUGGUAUCCUUCAUCUACCUCCUUCCACCUCUCAACCAAGGCUAAAACCUUGUCCCAUGCCACGUGCAUCAAUCAACUUCAAUUCAAAGCAACAAUGGAGAGUAGAUCACAUAUGGUGCCAUUGCCGUUGUUGAUGAACAGUGGGAAUUACACAGCAUGCACCAUUCCUUGGAGGUUACCUUCUGAUGAUCCACGCGUCCCCACUCCCACCGAGCUUUCUUGGAUUAAUCUCCUACUCAAUGUUAUCCCCUCCUUCAAGAAUCGUGCUGCGAGUGAUACUUCUGUUCCUGAUGCUGCAAAUAAAGCUGAAAAAUUUGCUCAAAGGUAUGCAAAAAUACUAGAUGAUUUCAAGAACGACCCUGCAAGUCAAGGGGGGCCUCCAGAUAUCCUUCUUCUAUGCAAACUUCGUGAGCAAGUCCUUAGAGAACUGGGAUUCAGAGAUAUCUUCAAGAAAGUCAAGGAUGAAGAGAAUGCAAAGGCCAUCUCCCUAUUUGAGAAUGUUGUUCGUCUUAAUGACGCCAUCGAAGAUGAAGGCAAGCGACUUGAGAGUUUAGUUAGAGGGAUUUUUUCAGGGAACAUAUUUGAUCUUGGUUCUGCCCAUCUUGCAGAGGUUUUCUCUAGGGAUGGAAUGUCCUUUUUGGCUACUUGUCAAAAUCUAGUCCCAAGACCUUGGGUUAUUGAUGACCUUGACACUUUCAAAAUGAAAUGGAUCAAGAAGUCCUGGAAGAAGGUUAUCAUAUUUGUUGAUAACUCUGGUGCAGAUAUCAUUUUAGGUAUUUUGCCAUUUGCAAGAGAGCUCCUUCGGCGUGGAAGUCAGGUUAUAUUGGCUGCUAAUGACUUACCUUCCAUCAAUGAUGUGACUUACACUGAGCUAGUUGAAAUUAUAUCAAUGUUAAAGGAUGAAGAAGGAUGUCUCAUGGGUGUCGAUACUUCAAAUCUUCUAAUUGCCAACUCUGGAAAUGAUUUACCUAUUAUUGAUCUUACAAGGGUGUCACAGGAGCUAGCAUACCUUGCCAAUGAUGCAGAUCUUGUCAUCUUAGAAGGGAUGGGUCGUGGACUAGAAACAAAUCUCUAUGCUCAAUUUAAAUGUGAUUCCCUCAAGAUUGCUAUGGUGAAACAUCCUGAGGUUGCAGAAUUUCUUGGGUCACGUCUGUAUGACUGCGUAAUCAAAUACAAUGAAGUUUAAAGCUUAUAAUUAAGGCUGAUUCUUUCCUCUGAUGAUUGCUAAUACUACAUUAGUAUAUGUAUGAAAUUAGACGAGUUUUUAAUGUAAGAGUAGAAGAAUUAAAUUUUAAUCAUUAGAUUUAAUAAUAAAUAGUUAAGAUUAAAAUAGCGAGUGAUGUGGCAUUUUAAAAUGAUUGUGACCAUUAAAAAGCUUUUAAUCUUGAUUAUCUAUUUUUGAC